AUGCAAAAGAAAUACUACCCGGUUCUCUCCCUCAGAAUCCGGCCAAACUUCACACCAGAGGGCGACGUUUCGCACCUCUCGGUCACGUAUACCAUACCCAAGUCAGCCCUGGCCGGCUCAAAUCCUCACUUGAGCUAUACGACUUGGUUUGGCAACUUUGCCGCUCAUCGCUAUUCAGAGUCCGACAUAUUUGCGACGGAUACUGUCGGGCGCCUGCCAUUCAUAUUCGUCGACGAAACUAGCACCUUGCAACAAUGGCGCCUCGGCAGAGAUCCAGUCAGCGACUUGACCAUGAAAAUGGACGUCUUUCCUCGCAAAGUUGAUAUCCAUACUGCACCCGGUCCAAGAGUCGAUUUGCGUCUUGACCAGGGAGGACUUGUCGGCACAGGUGGCUGGUUUUUGCCUCAAGUAGUUCAAGGCAGCUUUUUUACCCAUGCUGUAAGCUGGGAUCUGUCUGUGGCACCACCAAGGACACGCACUGUCUGGACUUAUGGAGAGGGCCCUUUCCGGGUCGAACAAGUUGGCACAGUCGACACCUUUACGCGCUCUGUUUUCAUGGUUGGACCUAUCCAAAGCUCCCCUCCUGCGCCGCAACUGCACUCUUCGCCUAGCACUUGUGCUACCUACUGGUUUGGCAACCUUCCACCAGUUCUUCAACGCCUCAGAGGUUUCAACACAAAACUAUACACGCCAAUGGCAGAAUUUUUCCAAGACUUGGAUGGCUCAUAUCGCGUCUUUAUCCGAACCUCUCCUCGAGGCUGGGGAGGGUCAAGCUUUCUCGGCAGCUAUAUCCUUGAAUACAGUGACUCCAUCUUGGAAGCUGCAGACGAAGAGGUCAUAGGCCUUCUAGCACAUGAAAUGGUACACAGCUUCACAGCUUUGAGCAAUGAGGACAAUGGCGAGGAGAACGCCUGGUUCGUUGAGGGCAAGCGAUGA